AUGGCCAACGCCGACACAGAGGCAUUUACCCUCCUGGCAUUAGGCCUCCUCUUCAUCAUCGUCCGCGUCUAUGUCCGGUGGUCCCAAGUCGGGUCGCCCUUGAAUUUUGCGGUGGAUGACUACCUGAUGCCAUUAGCGGGGCUCGUCUUCACCGGCGAAACCGUCGCCGCACAUCUCGUCCGCAGCCAAUUCGAUGGCCUUACCAACAGUUACAUGACUGAUGAGCAGCGCGCGGCGGUGCAUCCCACCUCCCGGGAAUAUUACAAUCGGGUCUGGGGGUCCAAGAUUCAGGUCAUCGGGUGGUCGUUGUAUGCGAUGAUUCUCUGGUUGAUUAAGUUUUGUGUGGCGAUUUAUUAUUCCCGUCUCACGACUGGGUUAAAUCACCUCCCUACACGAGUUCGCUUCGCGUAUAUCCUCCUGGGUGUGACAUACCUUACUGUUGCAUUAACCAUCAUCCUGGGAUGUCAGCCGAUGCGUAAGAAUUGGCAGAUUUAUCCGAAUCCAGGCAAUAUCUGCCAACCCACCAACUCAACCCUCAGCGUCCUCGUCGUGGUCAUCCCCAACGUCAUUACCGAUCUCUACCUCAUGUCUAUUCCCCUCCCUCUCCUCUGGGCCGUCAAAAUUCCCACCCGCCAAAAGAUCACCCUCCUGGGUCUCUUCAGCAGCGCCGCAUUCAUCAUCAUGGCGGGGAUUAUUCGUGCAGUUACAAUCAUGACGUCCGGUCCCAACGGCGCCGUCUCCGGCUCGCAAUGGGCGUGUCGAGAAACCUUCGUGAGUAUUAUCGUGUCGAAUCUACCGAUCAUUCAACCGUUGAUUAGACGGGGAGCGGGGAUGGUGGGAUUAAGUGGGUUGUUUAGUUCAAGGGGGCAGAAUAGUAGUUAUAAAUUCCGAGGGGAGUCGGUGCCGUUGGGAAGUCGGGUGACGCAGACGGGGACGGGCACAGAGAUGGGGAAGAAAUCGAGGACCAGGACUAGAGUGUCUGUAUCCAUGCAUGAUAGGGGAACGGGGCAUGGGGGGUGGGGAAGUGAUGAGGAGGGGUUGGUGGGGGGAAAAGCGGGGGAUAUCAAGGUGACGCAGGAGACGAUCAUUGAGAGGGAGGUAGUGUCAAAGGGGGGAGGGGAAAGAAAUGCAGAGGGGUUUGAGUGGGAGGAUGGGGGAAAGAGGAUGAAUAAUAUGCGGUGA